AUUGCUCCUUCGAAUCCUCGUUAUAUCAGUCUAAUGAGUGCUGAAAUUUUGAACGGCGCAGAAUGACGGUACAAUGACGGCCAUCGUUUCCUUUCUCCGCGAGUUGUACUCACUUGAUACCUUGGACACUCGUUUCACCAACUCUCCCUCGAUACCUCCUCGGACAGCGAAGGGCAGUCAGUCGUCAUCGACAGAAAGAGACAGGAAGAAUGUACCCGCAGACGUCUCGCCGUCGCGGUGGAGGACACCUGAGUUCUACUUCUAUGGCCUCGUCUUUCUUUUCUGCGUUCCCCAGAUGUAUUGGGCUGUAGUUCAGGUUUCGCAGCGUAAGACUAAGACAUACAUCGAGACAUAUGGGGACCAUGAGAUCUGACGGGUGUUGCCAGCGGACUCUCCAAAUUAUUCCAGGUAUCAGCACUUGCUCUCUCCAGGCUGGCUGUUUGGUCGUCAAGUGGACAACUCAGACGCACAGUAUGCUGGUUUUCGAGAUAACGUUCCGUAUCUGGCCAUUCUUGUUUUCCUCCAUCCAAUGCUUCGUCGGUUAUACGAGCGCAUGACUUCGCAGUCGACGGCUACGGAAACCUCUCCAGUCUCACAUGGCCAGGCCCAGGCGAGGCUGGACAGUCGGCUGAGAUUCGACUUCUUCUUCUCACUCGUAUUCAUCUCUGCUUUGGUUGGCGUUUCAGCACUGAAAAUUCUCAUCAUCUUGUUCAUCAACUUCAAGAUAGGCACUGCAUUGCCCCGAAACGCCAUACCUGUGGCGACGUGGGUCUUCAACAUUGGGAUCCUAUUUGCCAAUGAAAUGUCCCAGGGAUUUCGAUUUUCAUCCCUCAGCACUGCGCUAGAACCUAUACACCCAUCUGUGACCGAUUGGGCCAAGGCACUGGAUUCUUUUGGUGGCAUCAUGCCACGUUGGGAGGUCUUGUUCAAAAUUACUGUUUUGCGCAUGAUCUCCUUCAACUUUGACCAUUACUGGUCACUGCAACGAUCAAGGGCAGGCAGUCCAUUGGAGAAGAAACAACUUGAUCCCGCAGCACUUUCGGAGCGCGAUCGAGUGUCAAUUCCCGCACCUGCACCGACGUUCACAUCGUUUCGAACAUACCUUGCCUACAUCCUUUAUCCUCCGCUCUAUCUCGCCGGUCCGAUUUUGACGUUCAACGACUACAUUUCACAGUCAACGUAUCAGAUCCCGUCAGUAACUGCUCGACGGACGACCCUAUAUGGCAUACGCUUUUUGGCGACACUUUUCUGCAUGGAAUUCCUCAUCCACACGACCUACGUAGUGGCCAUUUCCAAAUCCUCGCCGGACUGGUCAACAUACACGCCAUUCCAACUGGCGAUGCUAGCAUAUUUCAAUUUGCACAUCAUCUGGCUCAAGUUGAUGAUCCCUUGGCGAUUCUUCCGGUUAUGGGCCUUGGUUGACGGUAUCGAUCCGCCUGAGAACAUGGUUCGAUGCAUGAGCGAUAAUUAUUCGGCACUGGCAUUCUGGCGUGCCUGGCACCGAAGCUUCAAUCGCUGGAUCACUCGAUAUGUGUAUAUCCCACUUGGAGGAGGGCCUGGUGGGGGUGCUGGACAGAUCCGUGGUACCAUCAACAUGUUGACCGUCUUCACCUUUGUGGCGCUGUGGCACGACAUCAACCUUCGGCUGUUAAUGUGGGGUUGGUUGGCGACGUUCUUCAUUAUCCCCGAGGUGAUUGGUGGUCUUUUGUUCCCGAAAUCAAAAUGGAAGAGUCGACCGGAAGCGUAUCGUGUCCUGUCUGGAAUUGGGGCGGUAUUCAACAUCCUGUUAUUGAUGACGGCCAACCUAGUGGGGUUUGCCCUUGGAUUGGAUGGACUGAUGGGCUUGGUGCAUGGCAUCAUAGGCAGUUGGCAAGGCGCAGUGUUCAUGCUCGGAGCUUGUGGUGCAUUGUUCGUCGGGGUUCAAGUCAUGUUUGAGCAUCGCGAGGAGGAGAAGCGGAAUGGCAUCCGAUUGAAAUGCUAGCUUUUGGGUCCUGCACCGACACGACCGCACUGUACAAAAAACUCGGGAUCUAAUUAUGACCUCAAUAUCAUGUCUCUGUACUCAUUCGAUG